GUUUCCCUUUAGUGACCAUGUCAGACAGAGGACCCAGGGGUGAAGACACUGUGGAUGGCAGACAAGUGAAUGCCAAACAGGGUUCGUAUCUCACAGAUGCUGGAGUCGAUCAGACGGAUGCCAAACCACAUUCAGAUGUUUUUCAAUACAAUAUGAACUACCCUAGCCUGGGACAAUGUGUCAUCAUCAACAACAAGAAUUUCCAGAGAAAUACAGGAUUGAAAGUUCGUAAUGGGACAGAAAAAGAUGAAGAGAAUGUGAAAGACACUUUCUCAAAUCUGGGCUUCAAAAUCAAAAUUUGCAGAGAUCAGACUGUCUCACAGAUUAGAUAUUUGUUAACUGAAGUGUCUAAGGAAGAUCACAGUAAAUCAGCCAUGUUUGCAUGUGUGUUGCUGAGUCAUGGAGAUGAUGGAAGGAUAUUUGGCACAGAUGACUGUAUUGAGCUGAAGGAACUGUUUGCGCUCUUCAGAGGAGAUUGCUGCAAAUCACUGGUGGGGAAACCCAAGAUUUUCUUCAUUCAGGCUUGCCGAGGCUCAGGUCUGGAUGCUGGCAUUGAGUCCGACUAUGAAAGUGAAGAGGAAACACAGAAAAUUCCUGUUGAGGCAGAUUUUUUGUAUGUCUACUCCACUGCACCAGGUUACUUUUCCUGGAGGAACGUUGAUAAUGGUUCCUGGUUCAUCAUCUCAUUGUGUGAGAUGCUGUCAAAAUACGGCAGGCAACUGGAGAUCAUGCAGAUCAUGACACGUGUCAACCACAAGGUGGCGCUGGACUUUAAAUCCUCCUCCAUAUUUUCACGGUUUGAUGGCAUAAAACAGAUACCGUGUAUUGUGUAUAUGCUAACCAAAGAACUCCAUUUCCCUAAAUAAUUCAUGUGUAUUUUACUGAUUAUGUUGCAGUGGGAUACAAAUACUUUUAAAUCAUACAAAAAACAAUACUAUGUAGCCAUUUAAAGCACUGUAGACUGCAGUCAAAACGGGUAGGGAUAUAAAGAAAAUGUAUAAUUAAUCAUUAAUAUAUGAAAUUAUCUGUAUUUUUUCAUACUGGUGUGUGGUAUGUUUACAGUGCUGAAUUUGACACAUAUAUUUCUUUUAUGAUCUUUAAGCUGGGUCACACAUUGAUUGUGGUUUGUUCUGCUGGAGCUGGUAUUCGAUCUGUGGAAAGUAUUGACAUGAGUUUAAGUGACUAUAGGUUUGUUACCUAUGAAAUUAAUGUUAUGUUUUCCCGAUCUUUGUCUGAACGUAGCAUUACAUUUUGUAAUAUCAGGCAUAUGGACUUCCCACCACUAUCUCUGUUAAGUCUCUGUUUAAGGGCCAGAUUUACUAACAGCUUGUGCCAGCGCUGAAAAGACAUGGACACAGUUAUUUUUGC